CUAACUAUUCCGGCUGGAAACAAGGUCUCUAAGAAAGCGUGAUGCCUGUGCUAAACCUCAACAUAUCACAAAGGUCCAUAUAGCCAUUUACAAAACGAUUUAUAAUAGUGUAGUAAUUCGUUAUUUACGAGGACUUGAAGACGGGAUAACACGCGUUUGCUGCUUGUACGCUUUAGUCGUAAAGUCAUGUCCUUCCAUCAUGAUCGUGCUGGUCCCAGAGGAGGAAUGCCUCCAGGCCAGCAUGGCUCCCCUCAAAACUACCGCCCCACCAACCUGAGGCAGCCACCCCCCCAGCCCCCUGUUCCUCCGUACCACUAUGACCCCCAGACUCCGGCCGCUUCCGGCUACCAUGGCAACACUGGCUACAUGCCCGCACACUCCGACUUCAUGCAGUACCCUCCACCUGUCCCCUCUCAGCCUCCAAGUUCUCUCAACCAGUGCCCCGUGCGUCCACCUUUCCCCAAGCCCCCGGUCCGGCACGGCUUCCCCGAACCCCCGCCGAGGUUUCCACCGCCUCCUCUCCCCAGCUCCACGGGCGGUCCCACCCAAGGGUCUCAGGUGUCUGCUCAAAACGCCUACCACCCUUACAUGAUGCCUCCUGUGCCCCCGCCGCAAUUACCCCACCCACCCAUGCCGCCCCCUAUGGCUUCACAGUCUAUGGGCUACCACUCUCCGUACUCCAUGAACUACCCCCACCCUCCUCACCCUCCUUUCCCUCCUCCGCCGCCCUUCAACCCGGGCUACACUCAGAGCCCCAACACAUUCAAACCUGACCACGGCUUCAGGCACGGGGGGCAGUACAAGUUUGAGAAGCCCGCGGACAGCCGCAGGUCUCCAGAGAGAGGCUAUCACCACGACGAGCACAGGACGCAGAAGGGCUACGGCUACGGCGGCCACGGCGAGAAGAGUAAAAUGGAAUUUCCUGGAGAGAGGAAGGACCGCGGGAGGAGCCCGGACAGGCGCGGCAGACCGGAAGGGGGGCGGUACAGGUCAGAGUACGACAGAGGGAGGACUCCGCCCAGACACAGGAGCAGGGACAGAAGCAGGGAGAGGUAUCGACACAGAGAAAGUCGGAGAUCCCAGUCGCCUGACAGACACAGAAAGAGACCUCGAAGCCGGUCUUCAAGCAGAGACAGGAAGCGCGGCCGCUGGGAGGACGAGAGGGAGAGGAGGUCCGAGAGCUCGUCCGGCCCGAGCAGAGAGCGCAGCUACGUCUCGGUCAGGAGCCGAGACUCCGAGGAGGCCUCGACCGACAGAGAGCGAGAGAGGGAGAGAGAGAGGGAGCGGGACCGAGACCGAGACAGAGAGAGAGACAGAGAGAAGGAGAAGGAGAAGACGGAGGAGGAGAAAGAGGAAGAGGAGCUGCUGAAACCGGCGUGGAUCCGCUGCACGCACGCCGAGAACUACUACUCCAGCGACCCCAUGGACCAAGUGGGAGACUCCACCGUGGUGGGGACCAGUAAGCUGCGGGAUCUGUACGAGCGCUUCGAGGAAGAGCUGCUGAGGAGGCAGGAGAGAGCGAAGGCUGCUCGACCAAAGUGGGACCCGCCCAAGACCAAACUGGACGAAGACCCAGAUGACAGCAGCAGUGAGUCAGAAUGUGAGUCAGACGCUGAAGGAAGCACCUGCUCCAGCAGCUCCGACUCGGAGGUGUUUGAUGUCAUCGCCGAGAUCAAGAGGAAGAAAGCUCACCCCGACCGGCUGCACGAGGAGCUGUGGUACAACGACCCGGGGCAGAUGAAUGAUGGUCCCUUGUGUAAGUGCAGUGCCAAGGCCAGACGUACGGGGAUCCGCCACAGCAUCUACCCGGGGGAGGAGUCCGUCAAACAAUGCCGAAUAAUGAACAACAAUUCAGGCAAACUGUUUCACUACAGGAUCACCGUGUCCCCGCCCACCAACUUCCUGACGGACAGGCCGACGGUGAUCGAGUACGAUGACCACGAGUAUCUGUUUGAAGGCUUCUCUCUUUUCUCCCACAAACCUCUCACUAGUAUCCCAUUGUGCCGUGUGAUCCGCUUCAACAUAGAUUACACCAUCCACUUCAUAGAGGAGAUGACACCGGAGAACUACUGUAUCCGAGGCCUGGAGCUGUUUGCUUCCUACUUGUUCCAGGACGUUCUGGAGCUGUACGACUGGAACCUGACAGGUCCUGAAGAUGAAAACGAGGAGUCUGGAUGCCAGCAGUUUCAUUUCAUGCCCCGUUUUGUUCGAUUCUUACCAGACGGGGGGAAGGAGGUGCUGUCCAUGCAUCAGGUGCUGCUGUACGUCCUGCGAAGCAGCAAGCCGCUGGUCCCCGAGGAGGAGAUUGCAGAUAUGCUGCAGUGGGAGGAGCUGGAGUGGCAGAAAUACGCGGAGGAGUGCAAGGGCAUGAUCGUCACCAACCCGGGCAUGAAACCGAGCUCGGUGCGGAUCGACCAGCUGGACAGGGAGCAGUUCAACCCGGACGUCAUCACCUUCCCCAUCAUCGUUCAUUUUGGGAUCAGACCCGCUCAGCUGAGCUACGCAGGAGACCCUCAGUACCAGAAGCUGUGGAAGAGCUACGUCAAACUACGCCACCUGCUGGCCAACAGCCCCAAGGUCAAGCAGCUUGACAAGCAGAAGCUGACGCAAAGAGAGGAAGCUCUUCAGAAGAUCCGUCAGAAGAACACCAUGCGCCGCGAGGUGACAGUGGAGCUGAGCAGUCAGGGCUUCUGGAAGACCGGCAUCCGCUCCGACGUCUGUCAGCACGCCAUGAUGCUGCCUGUCCUCACGCACCAUAUCCGGUACCACCAGUGUCUGAUGCACCUGGACGACCUCAUUGGCUACGUCUUCAAGGAGCGCUGCCUCCUUCAGCUCGCCAUGACUCACCCCAGUCACCACCUGAACUUCGGCAUGAACCCCGAUCACGCGCGCAACUCUCUCUCCAACUGUGGCAUCCGGCAGCCCAAGUACGGAGACAGGAAGGUCCACCACAUGUACAUGAGGAAGAAGGGAAUCAACACAUUGAUUAACAUCAUGUCUCGUCUGGGGCAGGAUGACCCUUCCCCCUCCAGGAUCAAUCACAACGAGAGACUGGAGUUCCUGGGUGAUGCUGUUGUCGAGUUCCUCACCAGCGUCCACCUGUACUACCUGUUCCCCAGUUUAGAGGAGGGCGGCCUGGCCACCUACAGAACAGCCAUCGUACAGAACCAGCACUUAGCCAUGCUAGCCAAGAAACUGGAGUUAGAUCGCUUCAUGCUCUACGCACACGGACCCGAUCUGUGCCGGGAGUCGGACCUGCGACACGCCAUGGCCAACUGCUUCGAGGCUCUUAUCGGUGCUGUGUAUUUGGAAGGAGGCUUGGACGAGGCGCGUCAGCUCUUUGGUAGACUGCUUUUCAACGGCCAGGACUUGCGGGAGGUCUGGCUCAACUACCCACCACACCCCCUGCAGGUCCAGGAGCCUCAGACGGACAGGCAGCUGAUCGAGACGUCUCCCGUCCUCCAGAAACUGACCAGCUUCGAGGACUCCAUCGGAGUUCUGUUCACACAUGUGCGCCUCCUGGCCCGAGCUUUCACCUUGAGGACCGUCGGCUUCAACCACCUCACCCUGGGCCACAACCAGAGGAUGGAGUUCCUGGGAGACUCGAUCAUGCAGCUGGUGGCCACGGAGUACCUCUUCAUCCACUUCCCCGACCACCAUGAAGGACAUUUAACGUUGCUUCGCAGUUCUCUGGUGAACAACCGCACGCAGGCCAAAGUGGCGGAGGAGCUGGGCAUGCAGGACUUUGCCAUCACCAACGACAAAACCAAACGUCCUGUCGCGCUGCGGACCAAGACUCUGGCUGACCUGUUGGAGUCUUUCAUCGCCGCUCUCUACAUUGAUAAAGAUCUGGAGUACGUGCACACCUUCAUGAACGUCUGCUUCUUCCCCCGGCUGAAGGAGUUUAUCCUGAACCAGGACUGGAAUGACCCGAAGUCUCAGCUGCAGCAGUGCUGUUUGACCCUGAGGACUGAGGGCAAGGAGCCCGACAUCCCACUGUACAAGACCCUGCAGACGGUGGGGCCCUCGCAUGCCCGCACCUACACCGUCGCUGUGUAUUUCAAAGGGGAGCGAAUCGGCUGUGGCAAAGGCCCAAGUAUCCAACAGGCAGAAAUGGGAGCUGCGAUGGAUGCGCUUGAAAAAUAUAACUUCCCACAGAUGGCUCAUCAGAAGCGCUUCAUCGAGCGGAAAUACAGACAGGAGCUGAAGGAGAUGAGACGCGAGCGAGAGCGGCAGGAGAAGGAGACCGACGAGACGGAGGAGAGCAGGAAGUGACAGCACCUUCUCGCCUAUCAGGACUCCUGCGUCAACAUCAUCAGGAAGCAAGAGUCGGAUAAAUGCAGAUGCUGCUAGAAGAUCUAGCAAUUAUGAUCCCUUGAAGUUCCACUUAAAAACACCUUAGGGACACAGGUGACAAUUAGCUAGUUUGCUGUCACUGUUUUUUUCAGAAUUUAGAGCGAAAGUGAGAUUUUGACCGAGGUGUUUGAAGUGAACGCGUGACAGAAGGCAAACAGAAUCAGCAAAAAAGCAACAUGCUGUCAUGUUUUAUGCUGUUUAUAACUGCGGCACUGUCAAAGUUGGCCUUAUGUUGUUUUUAUGUUUGUCUGUUGCCGAGACUUUAAAUAUUGAAUUAACUCUUUAAAUCCCAAACAACAGCAGGAGACGCGCACAAUGUUACAGCCACAUGCAAGAUGAUGAAAUAAAAUAACAUGUUUGUUUUUUUUAAUGAAGUAUGAGAUCAUAAAUAAACAAAAAAAACAAAGCUGAUAUUGUAAAUAAAGUUUUGGAUCAUGUAAAAAAAAAACCUGAUUUAUUUUUGCUUUUAUUCUAAUCCUCACCUGCUUAGUGAGAGGCCUUAAAACCAGACCCAAUUAUUUUCAAUCACCACGAUGUCACCAGCUGCCUCACAUCUGCCACUCAUCCUCUAAUAAUCAAAAUGCAAUCCCCCCCCCCCCCCUCUCUCUUUUUUAAACCUCUCUCCAAAUCCGAUUGGCUGUCUGACAGAUCUUAAUUAUAGAUUGUCUAAUUAACAAUUUCCUCAGCUCAGUAGCCUCUGGAUCCAGCUAUUUAACAACAGCCGUCAUAUGAAUACCACUAUCUGACUUGUAGAGGUGUUUUUUUUUGUUUUUUUCUUCGACUUAGAUUUAUCGCAGAUAAUAAACACACACAUGUGAGGAGAGUAAAUUUCCUGCCUGCCCGCCCCGUGGCUGCGAUCACAAUUUUUCCAGAUAAAAGUGAGAAUGAUCGUUACGUAGCCGGGAGAGAGAGAGAGAGAAGAAGAAGAAGUCCGCUCCACGAGUAAAUAAAGCUGUCAAAUCAUUAACCCCCUCCGUGUGUUUAAUCAUGUUUAAAAAGGGAAGAAUAUCACACAAAGAGAGCCGAGAGGGGUGAUUUUUAAAGAGAUUUAAUUGUGUCAUAUAAAUAUUCAGUACAAAAUAUCACGUUUUACAAAGCAGGUGGAUGAGCGGCCGAUGACGUUUUUUUAACACUACCACAACCUCUCAGACUGUUUCUACAUCGACAAAACUCCACUGCUCAAUCACAUUGUCACCAACAUAAGUAGAGGCGAGCCC